AUGUAUGCCGCUCUGCUCGCAGUUUCGGCUUCAGAGCCGAACCCAGAGCCGUACCCAAAACAGUGCGGAAAUGAUUGGAUCAAGCACGACGCUGUGCAAUCGCUUCCCCAACAAGAUCCCGUGACUUUUUCCGCGAAGGCUGCCGCUAAAUUCCAGCCAACGCUCCUCGUUGUUCACGGAUGUCAUCCAUACCCCGCGGUGAACGUUUUGGGUCAGACUAACAGCGGUCUCCAGCCUUCAGGACGCUCUGAUGGCAAGUGCAAGGGAUCUGGACUGGGGGAUCAAGUUUACGCGCGUUCAGGUUGGUACGAGGACUCAUGGGGCAUUAUGUACGCGUGGUACGAACCGAAAGACGGCAAUGGCCACCGUCAUGACUGGGAGUAUGUUGUCCUUUGGACCGGCAAUCCGGAAGACCCGAAUGCGGAGCUUUUGGCGGUGACAACGAUAGCCGCUCACGGUCGGAUCAAAACGAUAGCACCUGGGGCUGAGUUUAGGGUCGGGUCAAGUGUCAAACUCGAGUACGAUUUCGUGGGUGAGAGGCACGCCAUCGCAUUGACUAGCAAGGAAGGCGGUAAGCUCCAGACGUUGAUCACGUGGGAGCAGCUGCCAGACAUUGCUCGGUGUGCGCUCAAUAAUGCCACAUGGAACGAAGGCAAGGUGAUGCCUCUGAGUGAUGCUGUGUUUCCGGAUCAUUUAGGAAAAGCUUGGCCUUUUGAUGGGCGCAUCGAAGCAAUCCGUUGA